CUUCAACUCCGACCAUCGCGAAUCUUUGCUUUCAAGGUGGUUUCUACGCACAUCGCGCCCCUUUGUCACUCUUUUGCAACCAACUGCCACGCUCCUUUCUUUCUCAGCCAUUUGACUGCCAAUGCGCCGUCCAUAGUAAAGCCCGCGUACACAAUCCACACGCACUAUUCAGAGACACAGACACACACGCGCGCAUACACACACAGGCAGGCAGGCGGGUAGACAGACAGACAGACAGACAGAAAGAGAGAGAUAGAGAAGCUUCUCAUCCAGACAUGCGCCGUGCGGCUGCUCUGCUAGUUGUGUGCGCAGGGAUAGGCGCUACCCAGACUCUGGAUGCCAGUGUUCUGACAGGGACAUGGACGACCAAGAGUAACAGCACGAUCACGGGCUCUGGCUUUUAUGAUGCUACGCAGGACCGGUUCAUUGAACCCUCGCACCCGGGCAUCUCUUACUCCUUCACAAACGAUGGCUUCUAUGAGGAGGCAUAUUUCAGGGUUGUGUCAAAUCCGACGUCGCCAGAAUGCACGUCUGCCAUGUUGCAAUUUCAACAUGGCACAUAUCAGCUCCUAGCCAACGGAUCGCUUUCAUUGACACCCUUUGCAGUCGAUGGCCGUCAGCUUGAGAGCGCGCCGUGCAAGAGCAACAAAGCCACAUACUCAAGAUACAACCAGAGCGAGCUGUUUGAGCGUUUCUCCCAAUAUACCGACCCAUACCAUAAUAUCCCACGUUUGGACCUCUACCAGUUCAACGGGGCGCCAUUGCCACCAAUGUACUUGGUUUACAAGCCUCCCCAGAUGGUCCCAACGACGACGUUGCACCCUACUUCAACGAGCUCCGCCACAGCGACAGCAGCCAGCAGCAAAAUGCGGAGAAGUUUGGAAGAGGGCAUCAGAUUGUCGCCGAAAGAGAAGAGGGUGAACAGUGGCUGGCUGGAUGCAGACAAGUGGUGGUGGUGUGGAGUCGGCAUGACCGGAGCUGGGAGCCUACUCUACUUUUUCUUCUAAAAGGGGGACAGCUGGCGUUGUUUAUGGUGUUUGGUACUUAAGCAUUAGCGAGGCGCAACUCUUUUCCUUCCUCUGGGAUCCACUAGAGAGAGCAUGCCUGCAUGUGCUCCUAUUUAAUCUUGAUGCAUGGUUUAGGCUGGCGAAAAAUGUCUGCGGCUCAAAUGACUUCCGGUUAUCUGGGCUACGCGGCAUGCCGGAAAUGGCUCUUUGGAUACAUCUAUUCCGCGCUUCGCAUGGGAUGGCGGGCUGUACGAUACAAUUCGCAUGCAUAGUAAACAUGAUUCGGUCACAAAGAGCCACAUAGAGUCUGUCUACGCCCAAGUGCCGGCGUAAAACGACCAAGACAUCUAGCACCCAUCCCAAACUUGCCCUUUAUUCGAACAUUUUGAAGCUGGCGGCGCGGGAGAAGAAAACAUGUCUACCUACCUACCGGCGUGUACGACAGGUCAAAAGAUCAUGACAGGAAGACAAAAGCUAGUUGCCUUUUCCCGUGCUGGUCAAAGCUGUGCUCAUGAUAAAAGGCCUAGAACCAGAAGCCUCUUUGCGGUCGUGAAGCCGGUCGAACGGCACAACUUUCGACAAGUGGCUACGCAGUGGGGAAAGUCUCCAGCAGCGUGCGGACGAUCUAUUUGCGAGAAACGGCUAACGUUGGCGGACCAGGAGGGCAAGAAGGACGAGGAAAAGAGCGGCAUACUACGUGCUCGGCGAAGCGAAGUCGUUGACCGCAGUAAGGACGUCCUCUCUGCUUCUCUCUGUCGAACGCGCCGGGCUUUUCAGGUGCUCGCCAACGGUACGCUGGGGCUGCGAGCGAAGCUGGGUGUUGUUUCUUUGGUUUCC